AUGAGUGAACCGGCUCCAACCUUCGAUAUCCCCAAGGAGUGCUGGGGUGGAGUUGUGAAAAAUGAAGGCCCUGACUUCUACGUGGAGGUCGAGAAAGUCCCUGUACCGGAAAUCGGACCCCAAGAUGUAUUGAUCAAGCUCAACGCGACAGGCAUCUGCCUGAGCGACAUUCACUUCAUGCUGGCCGACUGGAAUCUACCUAAAAUGUCCGAACUGGGAACCAAGUGUGCAGGUCAUGAGGGCGCUGGUGUCAUUGUCAAGGUUGGCGAAGCAGUCAAGACCCUCAAGGUUGGCCAGCGGGCCGGCUUCAAACCCAUUCAAAACGUCUGCCAUACGUGCGAGUAUUGCAAGACCGGCCGGGAGACGUAUUGUCUGAAGGCCGUUUUUACCGGAGCUUUCUGUGAUGGUACUUACGGUUCCUAUAAACAAUACGUCGUCUCUCCCGAGAAUUAUACUACUGCAUUGACUAUUUCACAGGGAGUGUCUGACCACGUUGCUGGCCCAGUCAUGUGCUCUGCUUCUACCAUCUACUCGUCCAUCAAGGAGUCGGGCCUCCAGCCAGGCCAAUGGGCUGUCUUUCCCGGCGGCGGCGGCGGUGUCGGUAUUCAAGGUGUGCAGUUGGCCGCUGCUAUGGGCAUUCGACCAAUUGUGGUAGACACGGGCGAGGAGAGGCGGAAACUUGCCUUGGGCCUGGGCGCCGAACACUUUGUGGAAUUCAAGAACGGCGACCCGGUCAAGGAAGUGGUGGAGCUGACGGGAGGAGGAGCCCACGGAGUAUUCGUGACUGCUGUCCAGUCCUACCCCAUUGCACUAGGCUACCUCGGUGCUCGUGCAGGAGCUCAAAUCAUGUGUAUUGGACUCCCUCCGCGUGGCAAAUACCACAUCGACUUGGAUCCCACUCCUCUCAUUUUCCGAAAUCAGUCCAUCAAGGGAACCUUGGUUGCCAGCCUGGCGGAUAUUGAUGCGACUUUGGACUUCGCCAAACGAGGCAAACUUCGUCUAGAACCGACGGUGGUGGGGCUGAGCCAGUUCAACGAAGCGGUGCAGAAGCUCAAGAAUGGACAAGUGGCAGGGUACGUCUUCGUCUUCGCUCUUGGUUUACAGGAGCACAAGGAUAAUGGCUAA